CUCUCGGGCGAGACUUCCGGUCUACAUUUUGUAAACAAGUAUUUAGGACACGAAAAUAGAGAAAACUCGUUCGGACACUUCAAAUUAGUGUCACCAGGUGGCCUUUUUGUUCUUCCGAAAACAGCGGGGAGCGCUAAUUUCGUGACGUCACGUCGAAUUUUGGCCACACUUUAGUUUGUAAAAACACCGAAGAAGAAAAGGGAAAACAAGCUAGCCGCGUCGUCGUCGAGCGCCUGCGUGUGUGUCGCUCAUGCUGCUCUCACUUCAAUGGGGAACUGCCUGUUUUCUCAAGGAGCGGAUGAUCUGUCUCUGCUGAACGAGUCCGAGGGGGGCAGCCUGCCCGGAGAGCCGCCGCCGCCCUACCAGGAGCACCCGCAGCCUGUGCCCGUGUACCAUCCCAACCCCGGAGAGAGUCGCCUGGCCAGUCAGCUGAGCGAGGAGGAGCAGGUCCGCAUCGCCCAGCGUAUCGGCCUCAUCCAUCACCUGCCCAGGGGCAUCUUUGAUCCGGGCUCCGACCCGUCAGACCGCAAAGUCAAAGAGUGUGUGAUCUGCAUGAUGGACUUCGAGUACGGCGACCCCGUCCGGUUCCUGCCGUGCCUGCACAUCUACCACAUGGACUGCAUCGACGCCUGGCUCAUGCGCUCCUUCACCUGCCCGUCCUGCAUGGAGCCCGUGGACGCCGCGCUGCUCGCCACCUACGAAGCCAACUGAGCCCCGCCCCCGCCCACCCGGACCCCACCCAGACCCCAGGCCUCCAAGUAACCGCACCUUGUUAGCCCAAACUCUCCUAGCUGCUGGACACGGGUAGCCCAGACCAUGUGUGCACAUGUUCUCGAAUUACGUACACGUGUUGAAACUGUACAUUACAGUAAUCGCUUGGAUCUGAUUGGUCGGUAAACUGUUUGGUUGUUUUUUUUUUUCCAGCGGGACAGUGUGCCAAAUUGAACUAGAAGAAGAAAGAAACGUAUACACGUAGCAACGCAUUUCCUGUGAUUCAUUAAACUUUUACAUAGCCUCAAAUAUAUAUUUAUAUUUUAGAUUUAGUUUUUAUGGCAGUUAGGCGUCACAAAUGUCACUGAAGUGUCUUUGUAAUGUGCAAUACGUAAUAUCAAAGGAAUAGAAAGCAGGUACAAUAGACAUGAUUUAAUACUCAACAGGAAUAGAGAGUUCCUUCAUUUCCCCACAGGAUUAAUUCAUUCAUGAAUCAAUGUGAUAUUAGACAAAAAAUGAUUGGGAUCACUUGUGAAGUGAGUCUCUACUUUUUCCUUUAUGGUGUGCAGAACAUCCUCUUGACUUUGUCAAGAGCAAAGUAAAAUCGUAUGGCACCAUUUCACCUUUAAAAUAUAUGAAGGAGUAUUAGGACCACUCUGCAAAAUACGAUGUUUUUUUAAAUCACACAACUAUUAUUAUUAGUUAAAACUUAGUUCUUUUUUUUAUUUAUUUUUUUUUUUUUAAUAACAAAUGACAACAUAUUUCAACUUUAUUGUCCUAGUCUUGUCAGUGUGGCCCUGAUACUUCUUUAUAUAAAGACAAUUGAGAUAGUUUUUUUUAUUUUGCAAAUGUUUAACAUUAGUUUUAUUUUUUAAUAUAAAUCUGAUAUAGUUUUCUUAUAGAGGGCUUUGAGUUUAAGAAGUGUGUGUCUGUUUUUUUGUUUUUGUUUUUUGAUGAUGUUUGACAGUUUAGCUGCUGGCCUUGUUAUUGCAAGUGAUACAUUUCCACCAAGCCUUUUUUUUUCGUUUGCUUGUUGCCAGCAGUAGAGUUGAAUGUAUCUAUCGGCAUAUAGCGAGUGAAAUGUUUUCAUUUAGCCCGGCUGCUGUGCCUUGUAAGAUUGAAGGAAGUGCAGAAUCUUGUGACGUACAAUCAUGUCGACUGUGUUCUUCCAAGUCGUAAUCGUCCACUAGGGAGAGCCACACACCAGCACUCUUCUCAUUUGUGUCACUCUUUUCAUUUUGUUUUCUUCCCCCCCCCCCCCCCCCCCCCCCCCCCCACUCUGCUGCUGCUCACUCAUCAGUUUAAAUUUAUAUGUGCAAUCCACAAAUGUGUCGGAAACGUGUUCUAACCAUCAUUA